GGCACACCCGUUUCCCCGGGACAAUAAUAAUAAAGUGAUGAAACGAAACUGCAGUUAAGUUUCAUUGCAUGCAGCAAAAUGACCGAUCAGGAAUCUCUCAGCUGCUCCAUUUGUCUGGAUAUUUUCAAAAAUCCCGUGGUAAUUCCCUGUGGAGACACUUACUGUAAGGACUGUAUUACAGGUUUGUGGGAGCAGUGUGAUCAUCUAGGACUUUUCAGAUGUCCUCAGUGCAUGCAGACCUUCUCCCAGAGACCUCGUCUUAUCAAAUGUGUUGUAGUGAAGGAACUCUGUGAGAAACUGAGGAAGAUGAGACCCCAGACACUCAGUGACGUGAGCUGUGACUCCUGCACCACCAGAAGAGUGAAAGCCAUCAAGUCCUGCCUCACCUGUCUCCUCUCAUUCUGUGACAGUCACGUUGAACAACACAAGGACCUCCACGCGGGAAGAAAACACCAGCUCGUCGAUGCCACUGAUCUACAGAGCAAAACUUGCUCUCAGCAUGGGAAACUCCUGGAGUUUUAUUGCCGUACUGAUCAACAGUGUAUUUGUGUCCUCUGUGGAAUGAAUGACCACAAGAAUCAUGACACCGUCUCAGCAGCUGAUGAACGAGAAGAGAAACAGAGUACAUUGAUGAAGACACAUGAGACGUUUCUGCAGAAAAUCCGGGACCGAGAGGAGGAUUUCAAAGAGCUCACAAAGGCUGAGGAGACUGUUAAACAUUCAGCACAGACAACAGUAGCAGAGAGUGAAAGAAUAUUUAGUGAGGUGGAGAUCUCCAUACAGGAAACGAGCGCUCGAAUAAAGGAAGUGAUAUCAGAUAAAGAGAGAGCUGAACUGAGUCGUGUUCAAGAGCUUCAGGAGAAGGUUCAACAGGAGAUCGCUGGCAUGAAGAUGAAGGUCUCUGAGCUUGAUCAGCUGAUGCCCACUGAAGAUCACAUUCAAUUCCUCCAGAAUUCGUCAUCUCACUAUGAAGAACCCACAUCUGAAAAAAUGCAAGAAGUCUCCAGCGUGUCUUUGAAUGCAAAUGUCCUGUUUCACGGUGUGAUGAUGUUGGUUUCUCGAGUGCGAGAGCGUUGGAUGGAUGUCAACAAAGAGACAGAAGCUGAAAUAUCUGGAAAAGCUGUUGAUGCACCAGAAACUGUGAAACCAUCUGCCGCGCCAACGUUCUCCUUUAACCCUCACUCGAUGAUGGUCAAUGAUGAACCAGACAAGUGUAAAGAGACCUGCUCUCCAUCUGCAGAACAGUCCAGUUCAUUUCAGUGUGGCAAGCAGGAUGUUUUCUGUUUUGGGAAAUCAAUUGCAGAAUUUAGCUUUAGUUUUCCUUGUGUUGCCCCUUCCAAAUCCUUGUCUAACCUGAGUCACACUUCAAAGAUAAUGAACAAGAAAGAGCAAAAUGUUCCGUACUUUGAGCCAUUACUUGAUCAUGUUGAGAUUCCAACCGGAGAAGAGAACGAGCAAGUGGUUUUUAGUCACAGAGCCAAACUCUUUCGCUUUGAUAACGAAACACACCAAUGGAAGGAAAGAGGUGUGGGAGAACUGAAAAUACUUCAGAAUUAUGAAAGCAAACGUGUAAGACUUGUGAUGAGACGUGACCAGGUUCUUAAGUUAUGUGCAAAUCAUUGGAUUACAUCAAACAUGACACUCAAGCCGAUGAAAGGCACAGAGAAAGCGUGGAGCUGGAGUGCCUUGGAUUGGACUGAUGUAGCCGUCAAAAGUGAAACGUUAGCAGUGCGAUUCAAACUGUGGGAGACUGCAAAUGCUUUCAAAGAUAUCUUUGAAAAAGCAAAAGAUGCCAAGGCAAAGAAAAAGCUUCUCAACCCCUUAAAAAUAUAAAAGAAUUGAAGCCAGUGUGCCAUAGAUAGCACAUGUAGUGCUGAUGUCAUCUUUGAUUAAAAGAGAUGUUUUUAGAUAUAUUUACUUUUUAGUUGUUUAGACAUCACAUGUGUAUCCUUUAGCACCUGCACAGGUGUAUGAGAGAGAGAGUGGGGUGGUUGUGGUAUGUAUCUGUAGUGUUUAUCACAGGUGAGGGUUCAAAUGUUAUUCAUUUUGUCUUUUUUAAGUGGAUAAAAUACUUGUGCACCUUUGCCAAAUAUAAUGUCUGUCCUGUUCUACAUUCUGACUGACCGGGCAGUGACUGUUUACUCUUUUAUUUUAUUAUUGCAAAACUUUCAAAUAAUCAACAAACAUUAUGACAAAUAUCUCCACUAAGCUGAGCAGGAGGAGAGGCUUUAACAUUUAGUGGCAUGCCAUAUUAUGUUUUUGUGACUCUGGCACAUCUGGUGGCACAUGCCAGUCACAGUUUAGUCAGCAGUAGUGAUCGUGCACUGACACACUGUCUAAAGCAUGUUGCAUCCAGACUUUAGCUUUUAGCAUGCUACAUGUUAGAUCUGUCUUGUGUUCUGCUGUAAUACACAUUAUGCAUGUAAUGUAUUUAGUCUUCUUUUAAUAAAGUCAUUA